AUGUCCUCAACCGGCGUGCCGCCGCUGUCUGAGCCGCCCAAGGGAGAGGCAGCCAUCUUGCCGCACGAAAAGGUGUUCCCCAUCCAGAUCGGAUCGCAGCUGUUUCGUCUCUCGGGCGCCUCGAUCGCAUCAGAUGCACCGUCGUACUUUUCACGCUUCUUCGAAGACCAGCUGCAGAACGGCCAGGACGGCGGCGUGAGGACUCUCUACAUCGACCGCGACCCAGAGACCUUCCAUGAGAUACUCAGACAUCUUCAGGGUUACUACGUACGACCGAAAGACGGCGCCCACUUUGUCAAGCUCUUCGCCGAUGCACAGUUCUACAGCCUGCCCCGGCUGAUAGCCCAGCUGUUCGAGUGCGAGAUCUUUAUACAGAUCGGAGACCGCCACUUCCAGAUCCCGCGAGACAUCUUCUCCAGCCCGGGAGACUCGCCCAACUUCUUCUCUCUCGGCUUUGCCGUCUUCUUCGCCUCGCCGGCGGCGGUAUUCCCCGGCCUGGAGCGCGAGGGCCUCCUGCGUCCGCCGUCCAUCACGCCGCCCAUCGUCAGCAGCCGGUCUGGAGACAUAUUCGCCGAGCUGCUGCACCUGCUGCGCGGCUAUCCCGUCCACAUCCGGGACGAGGAGCACCGGGCGUGUCUGCUGCGUGACUGCCGGUACUACCACCUGCGCGGGCUGGAGCAGAAGCUAAUCCCCCACAGCAUCAGCUACAACCUGGAGCGGCGCCGGUCUGAAAUUACCGUGCGUCUGGAGGAUGUCCGUCCGUCCGGCGUCACCUUUGUCCACGAUGGGCCGUCGAGCGGCACCAGUAACGAUAGCAAUAACAGCAAUGGAGGGGGAAGCACUGGCGGAUGGGUGCAUUAUGCCCGGCCGUUUGUGGACGAGGACCACUGCGAGCUGAUCAUCGAGAUCGGUGGAGGCAGCACCCUGGUUGACCUGGCCUCGAUGCGAGCAGAACUGCACGGACUGACCAAGGCCCGGGUCAACAGCCUCUGCCAGGUGGUUGCCAACAAGAUGAACCUGCCCACGAACGCACCGCUGGGCCUGCUCAUGAUGUCCGGUAACAAGGACGGCAGCACCACUGCCGGCAACUCUGCCCUGAGCGGAGACCGGAUCAAGAUACACAUCGACGCAAGCACCGAUAUCACUCUCGACGGCGAGCCUUUCCCCAGCCAUGCCAGCCAGGACAGCAGCAACAUCAACAGCAACAACAAUAACAUCUGCAGCAGCAGCAACAACAACAUCAUCAGCACGUUCCAACAGACGAACGAUGCUCCCGGGAGGAUGGAGGUACCGCCAGCCUACGCUGGCGCUUCCCACACGCCCGUCGAAGGCAACAUCUCGCCGCUGACCCCGUCCGCGCUCUACUCCCGGCUGCAGGCGCCGACGGCGGUCCAGCCGAACCAGCAGCUGCCUCGCAAGCGCCGCAGGGUCGAUGGCAGCGAGAGGAGCCGCCAGUGGGUUGUCGACAAGGGCCAAUGGCGCCUGCGAGUCCAUCCGCUGCCUCCCUCCGACCCCAACGCCGGCAAGAUGGAGGCCAUCUUCGUUGCCGUCAAGCUCGAAGCUCACUCCAGCCAGCGGGCACGCAACGCCCGGCGAGCCUUCAUCUCUUAG